GGCGCAGCGCGAGUGACAGGGCGGUUUCAGUUGGUUAUCAGCUGGUCGAACGGACGUGGCAACGGUGUGUACGACUAACCACCCAGACCUCGUAGGGUCUGUCAGCCUGUGAUGGCGACUUUCCACUUGGCACAACUUCAACCGUGGCGACUACAACCACCAUUUCGAUAGCCAACAAACAAGCCGUCGGUCUCCAUUCAUUCCACAUAAAACAACGCUACAACUCCAAUACAUGAAUGAGAAGUCUUUCUUUUGUUUCUUCAAACCAUAUACGAGUAGUGGAUUACCAUGGUGAUUUGUUGCCAGUCGUCUUUUAUAUGCACAGAGAAGUUUUGUAGUUUCGUAAAAUAUGUUCAUUCUGUUUCAACUCUAGGUUACAGGCUUGUAUAUAACAGGAUUUUCGUCAAUAAUAGCAUACAUUAAUUGUUUUUGAAGUCCAAAAUAUACAAAUGGAACAUUUUGCAGGAGUUUUGUAGACACUACACAACAACAGCAGAUGGUUUGUAAUAGGAACAAAACUGUUCUUUUGUUUUAAACACGACUAAUUGGAUAGAUUUUCAGUCAAAAAAUUGUGUGAAUUUGAUGCAAAGUGUUUUGUUUUGAACCUACACUGUGAGGUAAAGUAUCUCAUGUGUGGAAAUGACAUUACCUUGCGAAUCGAGUGACGUACAUGCUACCGGAAAUGCCUUUUUCGUUGGGGUGUGUGGUAACUUCCUGUCGUUGAUUCAUCAGUCAGCAUUAUUACCUAUCUUAUGUUGGUUUUAUUUUGGCAUAUUUUGAGGUAUAUGUCUUAUUUCAUAGGCGUGGUUCUAUCCUAGCCUCUGAUCUGAUUCUUGUAGCAAAGUUUGAACACAUCAAGAAUCAUUUUGUUUCUUUAGAAAGUAUUUCGUUUCGGUCUCAGCUGAACAUCAUCAAUUUUAGAACUAAAUAUGGAAGAAAAAAAAUAGUUUUACGGCCUUGUCAUCAGUAAUGCUCAUUAGUUUAUGCAUCUGUGCCUUAUUUCAUCAGUCAUAAGAUAUACAGUGCAUGCUGACUACUAUUACUUUGCUUCAUUCUGUUCAGAUAAUUGAAUGUCGUCUUAGGCCCACAUCCGAACAGUCACAUCAUACAUAGGUCAAAGCUUCUACUAAUAUCGUCAUAGUUUUCCAUUAACAGCAACUGUGAUAUCCUCUGCAUUGCUUCUUCAUUUCACAGGCCGAGGUGGAAAUUAUUCCGCCAUUGUCUCCAAAGAUAUCCAUUCUCAUGUGAAACAAAUUGUAGAUUAUUAUUUGGAAGUGAUUUGUCAGUCUUCAGUUCGAUGACAACAUUUAAUAUUUGCUAGACGCCGGUGCGAAGUGUUAGUUUGUUUCUGAAAGUUGCCCAUACAAUCGGGUCAGUUAUGAACUGCGUUUCGUUUGACGUGGUACCGGAGACACUUUGACUCAGACAGACGUGAAGGUCCUUGCAGCAGAAGCGUGUCUUCCGGUUGGAUUUGACCAUGAGGAGCAGUAGCUCGGAGCUGCUCCUGGACCAACAACAGGAACUCAGGAAGAGGAAACUGCUGGAACUGGCUCAACCGAAGAAGAAGAAGGCACCGAAAAGGACAUGUCGGGAAAGGGUGUGGUUCUACACAACAUCCUUCCUAGCCAUGACUGCAGUGGGAGGAGGAUCUGCACUGCUCUUCCUUGUGCCGUUGUAUGUGGACCCUGCCAUAUCCACUCUGGCGGCAGACUUUGUUUCCGAACCUGUAAAGUGCGUGACCACAAGGAGGGAAGAUCUGUGUGGCAUUUUCAAUUGUACUUGGAGUUCCUGUCGGGAAGGUUGCACCAGCGAUAUGUACAGUUGCACUCACAUAUAUGUCAUGUAUUCCACCGCGCCCUACUAUACGAAAAACGCAACAUUGAUACCACAGAGUGACGACGACGACGACGACGGCAACUCCUCUUCAACCGUCUCGCCUUCCUCCGUACCGACCUCAACGACGCAAUCUGGAGAGAACUUCACUGAAGAAGCAGUUCUGCUUGUGAACAUCAAGGGGUGCGGUUAUCCUCCUGAGGUUGACUGCGAGAAUUUUACCACGAUAUACGGCAGAGAAAACGCUGAGUUUCCCUGUUUUUACUCCCGUGGGAACAGAACCGUGGUUCUUAUCCAUUACAACCGGGAGGAACACGUGCAGGUGAUAAUCCACUAUUUUGCUGUGCCGUUCAUCGUGACCUUGGUAACGUCGGUAGUGCUCUGCGUCAUGUAUUGCGACUGUCGGUGUGGCACCGAGCGAUCUCACAGGAGAAGACGCACGAGGCGGUGUGCAGUCGAAGACGCCAGAAAAAAUUGCUUAGCACCAAACAGCAGAUGAACCAAGAAGGGCGUAGAAUGAGCUGGUAGCGAACAAUAACACGGUACUAUCCCAGGAUUUUCCUGGAGAGUCUGAGGAAAGUGAAACCUCAGAAUAUCCGACUUCCGGGCCGAGAAUAGAAUCCGACACCAGCAGUGGUAAACUCACGUCAAGUUGCGACGUUUCGUAAUUAAAAAGUUAGUCGGAAAGAACAUGGGGUGUUUACUUUGAAAUAGAAUCUUCAAAUUGACCUCUUCGAACUAUUAAAAAAAAUGCAUCUUUUUAAGGCCUCGGGAGGAUUUUACCUCUCUUACCGCGCGGAUCCAAGUCAUCAGCACAGUAUUGCUUGCUUGCUACCUCCUAAGCUCUGAUUAUUUAGCUGUCUUCACGCGCCAGGGCUCCGCUGUUCGUGUUGCAACGAUUUACGAGUGUACGCUGACCUUGAAGCAUGCAAUUUAGUGAAAGCUAAUGUGCAGGACGUAAAUUGUUCACAGUAAAGUGUCGGUUCAGAGACAAUCAGAAUGGAAUUCGAUAUCAUUUACGAAAGAAACACAAUAUUUAUGCAAGAGCAUUAUCGGACGAUACAGGCCUACUACUUCUGUGGAAUCAAUUGUGGUGUGUAAACUUAUGUUAAAACCUAGAAGAUUUCGACAUAUUCACCGCUGUGACAACCUGAAAUGUUUUCUUUCAAUUAAACAGAUAUGAGGUUGUAACCCUUGAUUUGCUGUUAUAAAUAACCGGAUUUGUAGCCAUAGUCUCAUAAUGGAAAUAAGCAAGUCCUCUGCUAGAGUAUCCCUCUAAAACCUUAUUGUAAGUGCACAUUCCAAUUGAUUUAACAGUCAGUAAAUCUGUAUUUUGUAUUUAUGGGUUUCAUACUAUUGUCACUCUAACAGCGAUCAUAUUUUCCAAACAGUAUUAACAAGUUUAUUGUGUAGCGGAAAAUUACUGUUUUACAUGAGGUAGGGGUUGAAUUCUUCGGCGUCAAGCGUUUGAACCUCUCGUCAAAAUUUACGGACGUAGGAGUGAGAUUUUUGUGAGCGACCUGUGUUUAUUGCCAACGUCUCUUGAUUAAUGCAACAAACACAGUUCAGUCGAUUUUAAACCCAUUGACACUCAAUUUAAAACUCCUGAUGUUGGUGUUACAGUGUUAAUUUAGUUUAAAUUGAAUCGUUUUUAAAGACAGCUCCCAGUUAUAAAACACAUUCGGCUGUGAAUGCGGUUUUUUAGUGUCACUUCAGAUUUAGGUAUACUCUAAUUUGCGUCGUAGUUGCUUUGCUGACACACAGAAUACUACCAUACACUCAUUAAAGUGAGGGUUGUGUUCCCGAGUGGAUAUUUAACAUUAAACUUCGAUAAUUGUGUCGAAGUCUAAAGGUUUUUGACAGUGGUGCGUUAAAACAUGUAAAAAAAAUUCUCUCGGAGUUUGUCCAUCAUCUUAAAUUAAAACGAAGUGUUGGAAGCAGAAUGCAGUUUCCAAGACGCUGUUUUAUUGUUUUAUAACUUAAGAUAAUGGUCAUAGUCCAAAAGAACAACUUUACACAUUGGUGAUUAUGAUCUUUAUUCUUAAUCCGAAAUGGAAAUAAAAUUGUAAUAAUAAAAACAGUUUUCUGAUGAGCGAUAAAUCGAUCCUCGAGUCUAAUUGGUUUAGUAGAACCGAAUGGUACAGUGAUUGAUAAUGAUGAGUUUGAAAAGAUGUGGAAGAGAUAUUUCGUGAUUUAUUUCAAGGUAGCCUUUUAUCUUAGCACUCGUAUGUCUCAUGAAAGCCAUGAUGAAUUUCAUCAGUAUAUCUGGUCUGCGAACCGUGAUUGAACCCAGUGAGUCCUGAGCAGGAGUUAUAACAUCACAGAUACGGCGUUCAGUCUGUGGUGGUUGAUUUGUCAUUAGUGUAGUUUUCUCUAGUCACUUCGGAAGAAAUUAACUAUAUAUCUUUAGUUAGAUGUGCAGUUAUUCCUUGGUUCAUAUGAUGGACCAGUGAAGUCGUGUUGGGUAGGAGAAACAAGACCAUUUUUCUGGGAAGUCACUCAGUUUCUUAGGGUGACUGGCAUCAUUAUCGAGAAGCAGCGUAUCCACCGAAACAGUCACGUGCGGGCAACCUCGAAACUGAAUGCUUGUGUGCUGAUACCCGUCGCUUAAAAAGGAUGUGUCGCUAAGAACGAAUGUAGCUCAGACCGAAGACUUGUGAACUGGAGUUUAUCUUUAUUAAAGAAUCACAUUGAUUUUAAUUAAACUUCAUAUUUGUGGCAAUAUUACAAAUUGUAAACAAAUCAUUUUGUGCAAAGUCAUAACUGUAUG